AGCUUCAUCGUCAUAGCCUCAUUCGCACGCAACAGUACUUGAUCAAUCGACGACAAAAUGUUCUGGCCUUAUCCCUGAGUUAGUUGUUGAGCGCCUCAAAGCAGGCUCCCUCAUUCACAAAUGGCACAAUAUGGUAUGCCGACACUGCCGCCGACUGCUCGGCGAGGCGGCAGUGAACGCAAAACCACUGCCCCAAACCGAUCGCCGGCCUCAGCGGAAUCGAAGAAGACGAAAGCGUUACCAGUCAUACGAAAAGAUGAUAAGAUCGGUGCGCACGUCGACACAGUGACCGAAGUGGCACGCGAAGAGGCUCGGCGUGAAGGAAGCCCGAUUGUGGAAGAGGACAAGAGUGCCAUCGACAAUCCGCGUGGCGAUGCUCACGGUAUCAUCGCGAUUGAUGGAAAGGGUGACAUUGUUCUACACAUUGAGCAUAAUACGGCAGCUGCCACUCUGGGCCAGAGAUAUCGUGUCUCAUCCGCAGCUUUGAAGAGCACUUCAAAAUACUUCGAGCGUCUGCUGGACGGCCGGUUCGGUGAGAGCGCGAGAAUUGAGAAAGAGCACGUCCUCCUACGCGAUAAGUAUGGAACAUUGGACAAAGUGCCCUCGGUCGAGCUGCCAGUGAUACCAAUUGAAGAUAUCGGCUGCAUUUCUGCCGUCAAAUCGAUCGAGGCUCUUUGCACAGACUUCCUCCUCAUUCUUCAUGCCAGAGAUACGAAUACGCCGGUCCCUACCGCUAAUCUCGCAAAUCUCGCCAUCGUCGCCGACCGAUUCGAUGCGCUUGAUAUUGUGCGCACAUACGCGUCACGCAAGAAGUUGACUCGAGCGAUUGAGGGAAAGACUACCGCGAAGGCAGAGUCGAACUUGAGCGAAGAGCGAGUUCGGCAGCGCAUACUGAUCGGUUUACUACUUGAUCACGCACCAUGGCUGGACAAAUAUUCUGCACGCCUCAUCACGAGUGGCUCAAAGAGUUGGACAGGAAGUCGAGCUGAAGAGAACGAUGUCAUGUGGUGGAAUCUUCCCCACGGCCUUGAGGAGGAGCUGCCGACGCGACGAGAAUACGUUUUGGACAUGCUACAAUCGUCUGCUGCGCAGUUUGUGGGACAGUACAUCUCCCGUGAGCGUCAGUGUCGUCUUGGCUACGACUCCUCGGCAGCAUGCGACAGUUUCCAGCUGGGAGAGAUGAUACGAUUUCUCUCACGCUGCGGAAUACUGCAAGUCAAGGGACUGCUUUACGACGCUGCAGAGCCGCCAGAGCCAUACACUGGUGACAUUUUCACGCUCAUCGACUCUUUACGCCACGUGCCCGAAUAUCAGAUCGAUCGCAAUCACAGCCACUGCGGAAUUCGGGGCCGUUUGAUCUCAAUGCUGGACAUGGUCAUCGAUGCGCUCCAUUAUGUAGGCGUUUGUGCUGAGUGUUGGACCGCUAGCCGCCACGAACACGCCUGGAUGGAUCUGAAAAGGCCUCUGCUAUGGCGGAGUCAGGCUUAUCGUUCGAGAGGCCUGCCACACACAGAGUUGCACGCUCAGGUCCGGACGAUGUUCACUGCGACCGAGAGAGACUGGAAGUGAGCUUCACUCGUGACGUUGAGUUCAUAAAGAACGCUGGUAUUCUCGUACAAAUUUUCGGGGUGCUACCAAUGUGACAUAUUUGUGACUCUGUCGUUUGCUACGGCGUCCAGUCACAUGUCUGGUGAUCUGUUGCCAUCAAAGGAUUGAUUGUUGGCGCUGCUGCGGCUGUGCACAGCUUGGCCGCAGGGCAGUGCAGUGCCCGCACCCCGCACACACCAAAGCUCAGGACGCCAUCAUUGUAUAUCGACGGUCUGCUCUUGCACGGU